CCAAUAUAUAAAUACAUUUCUUCGGGACUAGUUUGUAACACACACCCGAUGCAUCAUAUCUUAAAAGAUUAGCUACAACGUGCUAAGCAUAUCAACACUUCCUUUCCCUUUAUAUAUAACCUUAACCUACCAUUCAUCUUUUCUUCGUCCUGUUUCUUCGUUGCAAAUUCAGAGAAGAAGAUGGUGAGUGUUGAUGAGAUACGCAAGGCACAACGGGCAGAAGGCCCUGCCACUGUCUUGGCAAUUGGCACUGCAACUCCUCCAAACUGCGUGGAGCAGAGUACCUACCCUGAUUAUUAUUUCCGUAUCACAAACAGUGAGCACAAGAUUGAGCUCAAAGAAAAAUUUAAGCGCAUGUGCGAUAAGUCAAUGAUAAAGAAGCGAUAUAUGUAUUUGACAGAAGAGAUCCUGAAGGAGAAUCCAAGUAUAUGUGAGUAUAUGGCACCUUCAUUGGAUGCAAGGCAAGACAUGGUGGUUGUGGAAGUGCCAAAGCUAGGAAAAGAGGCAGCAGCAAAGGCCAUCAAGGAAUGGGGUCAACCCAAGUCCAAGAUUACUCACCUCAUCUUUUGCACCACAAGUGGUGUGGAUAUGCCUGGUGCUGACUACCAGCUCACAAAGCUCUUGGGUCUUCGACCAUAUGUGAAGCGUUACAUGAUGUACCAACAAGGUUGCUUUGCUGGUGGCACUGUCCUUCGUUUGGCCAAAGACUUGGCUGAAAAUAACAAAGGUGCUCGUGUGUUAGUUGUUUGUUCAGAGAUCACUGCAGUCACUUUCCGUGGCCCCAGUGACACUCAUCUUGAUAGCCUUGUGGGGCAAGCAUUGUUUGGAGAUGGUGCAGCUGCUGUUAUUGUUGGUUCAGACCCAUUACCUGAGGUUGAGAAGCCUCUGUUUGAACUUGUAUGGACUGCACAGACAAUUCUACCAGAUAGUGAAGGAGCAAUUGAUGGUCACCUUCGUGAAGUUGGAUUAACAUUCCAUCUCCUAAAGGAUGUUCCUGGGCUCAUCUCGAAGAACAUUGAGAAAGCUUUGGUUGAAGCAUUUCAACCAUUAGGUAUAUCUGAUUACAAUUCUAUCUUUUGGAUAGCACAUCCAGGUGGACCAGCAAUUCUAGACCAAGUUGAGGCUAAAUUAAGUUUGAAACCUCAAAAAAUGGAGGCAACUCGACAUGUGCUUAGUGAAUAUGGUAACAUGUCAAGUGCAUGUGUGUUAUUCAUAUUGGAUGAAAUGAGGAGGAAGUCCAAGGAAGAUGGACUUGCCACAACAGGUGAGGGGCUUGAAUGGGGUGUUCUCUUCGGUUUCGGACCUGGACUCACUGUUGAGACCGUUGUGCUCCGCAGUGUUGCAGUUUAAUUGCCUAAAUAUGCUAUACUACUGUCUAUGUUUUCUAACAAUAUUCAUAUGUUAUUUUAUACUCUCUUUUUUUUCUUUUUCUUUUUGGGAUUAAAUCUUCGCUUGCUUCGUUGA